GACCCCAAAUCCUGCAGAGUCGGAGCGCAGAGACCCCAAAACCUGCACAGCUGGAACCCAGAGACCCCAAAACCUGCAGAACCAGAACCCAGAGUUCCUGAGAGCUGCAGCCAGGACGGCAGAGAGCCAGAGCCCCGAAACCCCAGGAACCCUGAAACCCCAGGAACCCCAAAACCUCGGGAGCCCCGAAACCUUGGGAACCCUGAAACCUCGGGAGCUCUGAAACCUCGGGAGCCCCGAAACCCCAGGAGCCCCCAGCCCAGGCCGGGGGGCAGGAGCCACAUCCAGCCCCGUGUGCAGAGGGAGGGUCCCUCACCCCAGAGCGAGCAGUGGCAUGUGGCACGUGUGACCCUCCCCACCUGUGCCAGGCCACCAUGGAGCCGUGCCCGGGGCAGCCCCAGGAGGCCCUGCUGACGGUCAACGAGCAGGUCAUUGUCAUGUCCAGCCACGAGACCAUCCGGGUGCUGGAGGUGGGGGUGGAUGGGGACCCCAAAACGGCCGGGGAGGGAGCGGGGGGGUCCCCGGCACAGGGGGGGCCCCCAGGUGUGGAGGACGCUCCCGCCAGCACCCCGAGCUCGUCCGGCGGGGAGGCGGCAGGUAAAGCCAAAGCAGCGUCGCCCACCCCGGUGGCCUCGAGCCCCGCCCCGAGCCAGCCCGGCGUGACACACCUGGCCGUGCAGGCCGCGCCACAGGUGUUGGCUCAGGAAAGCGGAGAAGCUGGGCUCCAGGUGCACAGGUGGGGCCGGGGAGGGAUCCUGUGUAGGGACGCUGCACCUGUGCCAGGUGUGUCGGGGACAUUUCGGGUUGCCCGGGCAGCAGCGCCGGGUGCAGCCGCCGCCGUGCUCAGCCCCGCCGUGCCGCGGCCGCCCCCGGGGCAGCCCCCGCUGCUGCCCCAGCCCCCCCCGGCGCCCACCCCCCCAAAGGAGCCCCCGGUGCCCGUGCAGCCCCAGAUCGCCGGACUGGCCUUUAACCCCGGCAUUCUCACGGCGGCUCUGGGGGCGCAGCCGCAGAUCCUGGGCUCCCUCAGCGCCCCCCCCGUGAUCGCCACCCCCCUGCCCAGCGUCCAGGGCAUCCCGGGGCAGCUCCUGAGCACCGCGCAGGGCCAGGUGAUCGGGACCCUGCCGUGGGUCGUGGCCCCCCCCGGGGUGGCCGCGGCCGCCCCCGCGCCGGCCCCGCCCAGCCUGCAGGUGACCGCGGUGACCCCGCAGCUGCUGCUGAACGCGCAGGGCCAGGUGAUCGCCACGCUGGGCGCCACGCUGGCCACGGGGGCCGCGCUGGCCACCGCCCCCCCCGCGCCCGCCGCCGGCAAGAAAAACGGCCCGGCUGAGCCCCCCAUCAAGAGCGAGGUCCAGCCCAUCCAGCCGGCCCCGGCGGGGGUGGGGCCGAGCCCCCCGGCCGUGCCCAAGGUGUCGGUGCCGCCAUCGCCGGGGCCCGUGCCGGGCUCCGAGACCCCCACAGUGAGCCAGCUGGUGGCCAAGCCCCCCGCCCCGCCCAGCGCGGAGGAGGACGGGAUCAACCUGGAGGAAAUCCGGGAAUUCGCCAAGAACUUCAAACUGCGGCGCCUCUCGCUGGGGCUCACCCAGACCCAGGUGGGGCAGGCCCUGACGGCCACCGAGGGCCCCGCCUACAGCCAGUCUGCCAUCUGCAGAUUUGAGAAGCUGGACAUCACACCCAAGUCUGGCGUGCUGGAGAAGUGGCUGCGGGAGGCGGAGCAGCGGCAGCGCGAGGGGCAGCAGCACCUGCUGGAGUUCGUGGGCGGCGAGCCGGGCAAGAAGCGCAAGCGCCGCACCUCGUUCACCCCGCAGGCGCUGGAGGCGCUCAACGCGCACUUCGAGCGCAACGCGCUGCCCACGGGCGCCGAGAUCACGCGCAUCGCGCAGGAGCUGCGCUACGAGCGAGAGGUGGUGCGGGUGUGGUUCUGCAACCGCCGCCAGACGCUCAAGAACACCAGCAAGCUGAACGUGUUCCAUGUGCCCUGAGGGCAGCGCCCGGCCCGGCUCUGCCCCGCCGACACCGCCACCGGCACCGGCACCGGGACCGGACCGGCUCCAGCAGCGCCCGGGGCCCGAGCUGGGAGCGCCCCCGGGUCCGCCCCGGCUCCUGCCAGCAGAACUUUGGGCACUGUUCUGUCCCUCUGCCGCCUGGUUCUGUCACCACACCUGGCCCUGUGUCACCUGUUCCAUCAACACAUCUGUACCUGUGUCACCUGUUCCAUCAACACACCUGUACCCAUGUCCACCAGCCCAGACCUGUGUCUGUCACACCUGUCCCUGUGUCACCUGGUUCCACCACCACACCUGUACCCGUGUCCAGCACACCUGUGCCCAUGUCCACCAGCCCAUACCUGUGUCCACCACACCUGUACCUGUGUCCAGGCCCUCACCUGCCCCUCAGCAACUCCCACAUGCCCUAAACUGGGAGUGCUGGGAGCCCCUCCGUGUCCCCCCAGGCUCCUGCCAGCAGCACUUUGGGCACUGCUUCUGUCCGUCUGCCACCUGUCCCACACCUGUCCCUGUGUCCACCGUGCCCAUACCUGUGUCCGCCACACUUGUACCUGUGUCCAACAUUCAACGUCUUCCACAAGCUCUGAACUGGGAGCACUGGGAGCAUCCCAGUUCCCAGUCACAGUCCCCCCUCGACCGUCUGCCAUCAGCCCUUUGGCCGUUGGUUUUGUCCCUUUGGCCGCUGGUUUUGUCCCUUUGGCCACCCCCGUGUCCCUCCAGCCCCGUGCCCACCCCCCUGUGCCCUCAGGGCCCUGACCUGGGAGCGCUGGGAAUCCCUCUGUGUGUCCCACCAGUCACAGCCCCCUGACCUCCAGCCAUCAGCACUUUGGCCACUGGAUUUGUGGUUUUGGCCACGGGUUUGUCCCUUUGGCCACAGAUUUGUCCCUCUGUCCCCGUGCCUGUACCUGUGCCCACCUGUGCCCACCUGUGCCUGUGUGUGCCCCCCGGUCCCUCCUCACACACACACCCCGCCUGUGACACACGUGGUGACAG